AUGACUAAUCGCCGACACAUCUCACCAACCUCAAGCCCAAGCAGUGACGACGAACAUAGAACAUGUGGUGGUAUGGCGUUCCCUCUACCCCGAGGCCUGACGCCUCCUGAAAUCGCGUUUCUUUGUGAAAUGGAAAUGGUAACUGUCGUACCUAGGCAGCGACUUGAAGGUUUAGAAUUGCUUGGUGGUCCAGUCGAGCCGCUGAUCCCGCCUCGUCGAAGCUCCCUGCCACUCUGGUUGGCUCUUCUGUUAAAACGGCAGCGUCGUGCUAAUAUUCUCCCACCACCCUGGCUAAAUGCCGAAUGGCUCUCUGAUUUCCUAGCUGCCGAGACUGACAGUGAUACUUUCCUACCACCUGCGCCGCUCGAUUGGCCCUCAUAUACCGGGAAAAUAUCGCGGCGAGACCAGCGACGAGGCGCGCAAUCAGGAGUUAGGCGCACGCAAGAUGGUCAACAAUAUACUCCCUCUGCGCCAUUUUUACUUCAAAAUGUUGUGGAUGACGUAGCUGUACCCCCACGGACCCCAUGGCUACCUUAUCACUGGCUCGAGCUGGCAACCUUGUUGCUGGAUUCGGCGAGCGAUGACCUUGUCGAGCCCGAUCAAAUUCGUCGCAUUAUAAGGGAUAUCCGAGAAAUACGCAUGGCAAAAAUGAGGAAGUUUACUGAGCACGUAGAUAUAACAGCAAUCGGCGGCGGAGAAGGCUUGCCAUUGACCGGCGUGGGGGCGAUGGAGAUUGGUGAAGCAAGGCGGUUUUUGUCUGCGGCCGCAGAGACUUUAAGGCAAAUCGGUGCAUCGAAAGAAGAGGCUUUGAAAGAGCAAGCCGAGACAGGAGGUGGUAUGCAGAACGACUACAGCGAAGACGAUGAUAUGGAGCUAUAG